CACGGCUUAGUUGGGACUGUGGGGACCUUGCGGUUUUAGGUGGGCUGUCGAUCAUAAUGUCCAGAGAGAAGGAUGCGGAGAGUCAGCAGUCCCAGGGCAGCACCUCCUCCCAGGCCCAUGGCUCUAGUGCCUCUUCACAGUCCCAAGGCAUCUUCCCCCAGUCCCAAGGCUUUUCCCAGUCCCAAGGCACAUCCAGCUCCUCCACCAGCACCGCACCCACCUCCAGCCAGUCUUCUCACUCCAGCUCUGGGACCAUGAGCUCCUUAGAGACAGUAUCCACUCAGGAACUCUAUUCAAUUCCUGAGGACCAGGAGCCCGAGGAGCCUGUUCCUGCCCCUUGGGCUCGAUUAUGGGCCCUUCAGGAUGGAUUCUCCAAUCUUGACUGUGUUAAUGACAGCUACUGGUUUGGGAGGGAUAAAAGCUGUGAAUAUUGCUUUGACGAACCACUGCUGAAAAGAUCGGAUAAGUACCGGACCUAUAGCAAGAAACACUUCCGGAUUUUCAGGGAAAUGGGUCCUAAAAACUCUUACAUCGCAUACAUAGAAGAUCACAGUGGGAAUGGAACCUUUGUAAAUACAGAGCUUGUAGGGAAAGGAAAACGCCGCCCUUUGAGUAACAACUCUGAAAUUGCACUUUCACUAUGUAGAAAUAAAGUUUUCGUAUUUUUUGAUCUGACUGUGGAUGAUCAGUCAGUUUAUCCUAAGGAAUUAAGAGAUGAAUACAUCGUGUCAAAAACUCUUGGAAGUGGUGCGUGUGGAGAGGUAAAACUGGGUUUUGAGAGGAAAACAUGUAAGAAAGUAGCCAUAAAGAUCAUCAGCAAAAGGAAAUUUGCUAUUAGCUCUUCAGGAGAAGCAUACCUUCAUGAAAAUGGCAUUAUACACCGAGACUUAAAGCCAGAGAAUGUUCUACUGUCGUCUCAAGAAGAGCACUGUAUUAUCAAGAUUACUGAUUUUGGGCAGUCCAAGAUUUUGGGAGAGACCUCUCUGAUGAGAACUUUAUGUGGUACCCCUACCUAUCUGGCUCCUGAGGUUCUUCUUUCCGUUGGCACCACUGGGUAUAACCGUGCUGUGGAUUGCUGGAGUUUAGGAGUUAUUCUUUUUGUCUGCCUUAGUGGGUAUCCACCUUUCUCUGAGCAUAAGACUCAAGUGUCACUGAAGGAUCAGAUCACCAGUGGAAAAUACACCUUCAUUCCCGAAGUCUGGGCAGAUGUCUCAGAGAAGGCUCUGGACCUUGUCAAGAAGUUGUUGGUUGUUGAUCCAAAGGCACGGUUGACCACAGAAGAAGCCUUAAAUCACCCAUGGCUUCAGGAUGAGGACAUGAAGAAAAAGUUUCAGGACCUACUGGCUGAGGAAGAUAAAUUGAUGGCUAUAUCCCAAGUCCUAAUUGAGCCUUCCACUAGUCGAAAGCGACCCCUUGAAGGGGAAGCGGAGGAUGCAGAGAGCACAAAACGCCAGGCCAUAUGCACUGCUAUGUCAUAAACACUGAUUUGAAUGUGAAAGAAACAGACCUUCUUUCAUUCAGCUGUCAUUUUUAUUUUCUUGAGAUUUUCCUUUAAUAGUUUUUAUUUUAAUUAUGAGAAUAAC